AAGAAAAUAAAAAGUUUCGACAAGCAUAUGACGCGCGAGGCGCGGCUCGUGCAGGCCCCCGUUGUCCGCCCACCUCGUUUUCCACUGAUUUCGUCUUGCCCACCUUCGCAUCCUCCUGAAUUCUGUAGCUGCAGCAGCCGUGAGUAGGACGAGAAAAUGUUGAGAAGAGUAGCAGCUCAGGCUUCCGCUAAUUAUCGGCGCCUUCUCGCGGCACCAUCAUCUUCUUCACCGGGCAUAAAUAACCCAUUUCGCCAAUGCUCCACUUCCACUCCUUCCUCUUCUUCACAUUCACACACUCCUAAUAGUACUUGCGUCGAACACUUGGAAGACUCUCCCUGCACUCCGUCGCCAUCUACCAAAAUCUCCAUCGACCGCUCUGGCUUGUAUAACCCACCUGAACAUUCCCAUGGCCCGACUUCUGAUUCUGAGCUUGUUAAGAAUCUAAAAGGAAUCAUCAAAUUCAGGGGUGGACCCAUCACGGUGGCGGAGUACAUGGAGGAAGUCUUGACGAACCCAAAAGCUGGUUUCUAUAUUAACCGGGAUGUUUUUGGUGCUCAAGGAGAUUUUAUUACCUCUCCUGAAGUGAGCCAGAUGUUUGGGGAGAUGAUUGGUGUAUGGGUAAUGUGCGCUUGGGAGCAAAUGGGACGACCGGAAAAGGUGAAUUUAGUUGAACUGGGACCAGGGCGAGGAACUCUCUUGGCAGACCUUCUAAGAGGUGUUUCCAAGUUUAAGAACUUUACAGAAUCUGUGCACAUACACAUGGUUGAAUGCAGUCCAGUGCUGCGGAAACUCCAGUAUCAGACCUUGAAAUGUGAGGGUGAGGAUGGGGAGAAACAAAUAGUCAGUACUAUGACUGGCAGUCCUAUAUCUUGGCAUGCUACAAUGGAGGAGGUUCCUACUGGAUUGCCAACGAUCAUUGUAGCCCAUGAGUUCUAUGAUGCCCUUCCUGUUCAUCAGUUUCAGAGAGCUUCUCAUGGAUGGCAUGAGAAAAUGAUUGAUGUUGACGAAAACUCAUCGUUUCAUUUUGUUUUAUCUCCUCGGCCUACACCUGCAACUCUGUAUUUAAUGAAACGCUGCAAGUGGGCUGAGACUGAAGAAAUAGCAAAGCUUUCGCAGAUUGAGAUUUGCCCAAGAGCAAUGGAUUUGACUCAAACAAUUGCUAAAAGAAUAGGUUCAGAUGGUGGUGCAGCUCUCAUCAUUGAUUAUGGAGUCAACGGAAUAGUCUCAGACAGUCUUCAGGCAAUUCGAAAACACAAAUUUGUCAAUAUAUUGGAUAAUCCUGGCUCCGCUGAUCUCAGUGCAUAUGUUGAUUUUACUGCAAUAAGGCACUCUGCUGAGGAAAUUUCAGAAAAUGUGACAGUCCAUGGCCCAAUCACCCAGUCUCAGUUUCUUGGCUCUCUUGGCAUUAAUUUUCGAGUAGAAGCAUUGCUAGAGAAUUGCACAGAUGAACAAGCUGAUUCCCUGAGGACAGGCUACUGGCGUUUGGUUGGCGAAGGUGAAGCCCCAUUUUGGGAGGGUCCUGAUGAGCAGACACCUAUAGGAAUGGGUACGCGGUACUUGGCUAUGGCUAUCGUCAAUAAGGAGAUAGGUGUUCCAGUGCCAUUUAAGUAAAUACGCUUAGCUGGAAUACUCAACUCUUCAACUUAGAAUAUGCUACCACGGAUUUGUCUGUAAUUCAAUGACCCACGCCAGGAUGCUAGUCAUAUUUGAAGGGUAACAUCUCCAUGGAGAGCUGAUUGCACAAGAGCUUCACUGGUAAAUGGUUCAAAUAGCAGAUUCUACAAGAUUGUGCAGCUUCAUUUCAGGGAAGUUUUGGGUUCCGAAGAUAAAUAGCAGCUUAUACAUUGAAAACAAAGCUUUUCUUAAACAGACUCAGUAUAGAUGUUAAUUAGGUGUUCGUAUUGUCUUCAGAGUGACUGUUCAAUCUUGGAUUUUUGACCCCCACAAUGAACGUCCUAGUUAUAUGCUCUUUUAGAAGUCAGCAUAGGGCCAGUUAGUAAGGUAUCUAAAAUGGGAUGGUGUUCUCUGUUUUGACAGAGAUUAACCAGACUUUACCCUCUGAAGAGGCUUACAACUCGUAGUUGGGAAUUAGUAGGUAUCAUUUCAACUCAUUAAUUACCAGUUGUGACUUGUGAGGGAUGAAAUAGGACCGCACAUGUUCAAUUGCGAAUUGUACUACUUUCUCUUCCUUUUUGACUCAUUUUACGCAUAAUUUUGAACCAUAUGUCAGUUUGCAACCAAAACAA